UAGAGGGACGCCGGCCCGCUCAGGCCUCGGCGCGGCCUACACGCUUCGCUCGCCCGCUCCCGCCCCGUGCCCCGCGCCCGGCCAUGGCGGAGCCCUCGCCCGCCCGACGUCCGGUGCCCCUCAUCGAGUCGGAACUGUACUUCCUCAUCGCCCGGUACCUCUCGGCCGGCCCGUGUCGGAGAGCCGCCCAGGUGCUGGUGCAGGAGCUGGAGCAGUACCAGUUGCUGCCGAAGAGGUUGGACUGGGAGGGCAACGAGCACAACAGGAGCUACGAGGAAUUGGUCUUGUCCAAUAAGCAUGUGGCUCCUGAUCAUCUGUUGCAAAUCUGCCAACGCAUUGGUCCCAUGUUGGAUAAAGAAAUUCCACCCAGUAUUUCAAGAGUCACUUCUUUACUUGGUGCAGGAAGGCAGUCUUUGCUACGUACAGCAAAAGACUGCAGGCACACAGUUUGGAAGGGCUCUGCCUUUGCUGCUCUUCACAGAGGAAGACCUCCAGAAAUGCCAGUGAAUUAUGGUUCCCCACCCAGUCUUGUGGAGAUACAUCGAGGAAAACAACUCACAGGGUGUUCCACUUUUAGCACAGCAUUUCCAGGAACUAUGUAUCAGCAUAUAAAAAUGCACAGGAGGAUUCUCGGACAUCUGUCUGCUGUUUACUGUGUAGCAUUUGAUAGGACAGGACAUAGAAUCUUUACCGGUUCAGAUGAUUGUUUGGUGAAGAUUUGGUCAACACACAAUGGCCGCCUAUUAUCCACAUUAAGAGGUCAUUCUGCAGAAAUUUCAGAUAUGGCAGUAAACUAUGAGAAUACAAUGAUUGCUGCAGGGAGCUGUGAUAAGAUCAUUAGAGUGUGGUGCUUGAGAACUUGUGCCCCAGUUGCUGUGCUCCAAGGACACACGGGGUCAAUCACAUCUUUACAGUUUAGCCCUAUGGCCAAAGGCUCCCAGAGAUACAUGGUCUCUACUGGUGCUGAUGGAACAGUUUGUUUCUGGCAGUGGGACUUAGAAUCUCUGAAAUUCAGUGCACGUCCUCUGAAGUUCACGGAAAAGCCUAGACCAGGUGUUCAGAUGCUUUGUUCUUCUUUUAGUGUUGGUGGUAUGUUUUUAGCCACAGGUAGUACUGAUCAUGUAAUCAGAAUGUAUUUUUUGGGUUUUGAAGCACCUGAAAAAAUCGCAGAACUUGAAAGCCACACUGAUAAAGUUGAUAGUAUCCAGUUUUGUAACAAUGGUGAUCGGUUCUUAAGUGGUAGCAGAGAUGGAACGGCACGGAUUUGGAGAUUUGAGCAGUUGGAGUGGAGAAGCAUUUUAUUGGAUAUGGCAACCCGAGUCUCAGGGGACUUAUCUUUGGAAGAGGAAAGGUUUAUGAAACCCAAAGUAACAAUGAUCGCUUGGAAUCAGAAUGAUAGCAUUGUUGUCACAGCUGUGAAUGAUCAUGUCCUUAAAGUGUGGAAUUCUUACACAGGACAACUGCUUCAUAAUUUAUUGGGACAUGCUGAUGAAGUAUUUGUUUUGGAGACACAUCCCUUUGAUUCCAGAAUUAUGUUAUCGGCAGGACAUGAUGGCAGCAUAUUUAUAUGGGAUAUUACAAAGGGCACCAAGAUGAAACAUUAUUUUAAUAUGAUUGAAGGACAAGGACAUGGAGCUGUCUUUGACUGUAAGUUUUCACAGGAUGGACAGCAUUUUGCCUGUACAGAUUCUCAUGGACACCUUCUGAUAUUUGGUUUUGGAUGCAGCAAGCCAUAUGAAAAGAUUCCUGAUCAGAUGUUCUUCCAUACUGACUAUCGACCACUGAUUAGAGAUUCUAAUAAUUAUGUCUUAGAUGAGCAAACUCAGCAGGCUCCUCACCUUAUGCCUCCACCAUUCUUGGUAGAUGUAGAUGGAAAUCCUCACCCAACUAAGUAUCAGAGAUUAGUACCAGGUCGAGAAAAUUCUGCGGAUGAACAUUUGGUUCCACAGCUAGGCUAUGUGGCAACAAGUGACGGAGAGGUAAUUGAACAGAUUAUAAGCCUGCAAACCAAUGAUAGUGGUGAGCGGAGCCCAGAGUCCAGUGUUCUUGAUGGAAUGAUUAGACAGUUGCAGCAGCAGCAGGAUCAGAGAAUGGGGGCCGAUCAGGACGCUCUUCCAAGUGGACUUCCAAGUGGAGAAGAAACCCCCCGAAGAGGUUUUAGAAGACUGAGCUUAGACAUCCAGUCCCCUCCAAAUAUUGGUCUGCGUCGUAGCGGACAAGUGGAAGGUGUUCGUCAGAUGCAUCAGAACGCUCCUCGCAGUCAGAUUGCCACAGAACGUGACCUGCAGGCUUGGAAGCGAAGAGUGGUUGUACCAGAGGUACCACUAGGCAUAUUUAGGAAAUUGGAAGAUUUCAGAAUAGAGAAAGGUGAAGAGGAAAGAAAUCUUUAUAUAAUAGGAAGAAAAAGGAAGACUCUCCAGCUCACACAAAAGUCUGACUCGGUGGUUUUGCUGUCACAGUCUAGGCAGAGGACGUGCAGGCGCAAAUAUCCAAAUUACGGUAGAAGAAAUCUUGGCCGGCUUGACUUAUCUUCUGGAAAUGAAUCUUCAAGCUCUAUGAGACAUGAGACUUCCUGUGAUCAGAGUGAAGGCUCUUGUUCUUCUGAAGAGGAAGAAUGGAGGAGUGAUCGGAGGAGUGAGAGUGACAGCGCGAGUUCAAGUGACUCGUCCUCUCGAUACUCUGAUUGGACUGCCGAUGCGGGCAUCAAUCUGCAGCCUCCUCUGCGGACGUCAGCGCGUCGGCGCGUUUCCCGCUUUUGCAGUAGUUCAGAGGAUGAAAUGUCUCCUGAAAAUGUAUCUCCUCCAAAGCGGAGACGAAAGAGAAAGAAAGAAAAUAAGCCUAAAAAAGAGAGCUUACGGAGGAUGACUGCGGUGGAGCUUGCAAAUAUGGAACAUUUAUAUGAAUUUCAUCCUCCAGUUUGGAUAACUGACACCACACUUCGAAAGUCACCUUUUGUUCCUCAAAUGGGUGAUGAGGUAAUAUAUUUUCGACAGGGUCAUGAAGCUUAUAUUGAGGCUGUCAGAAGGAGUAACAUCUAUGAGCUGAAGCCCAACAAGGAGCCGUGGAGAAAAAUGGAUCUCAGGGAUCAAGAAUUGGUCAAAAUAGUUGGAAUACGAUAUGAGGUUGGGCCCCCUACACUCUGUUGCCUCAAACUUGCAUUUAUAGAUCCUGCAACUGGAAGACUAAUGGACAAAUCUUUCUCUAUUAGAUACCAUGAUAUGCCAGAUGUUAUUGACUUUCUUGUAUUGCGUCAAUUUUAUGAUGAAGCAAGACAGAGGAAUUGGCAGUCUUGUGACAGGUUCCGCUCCAUCAUUGAUGAUGCUUGGUGGUUCGGGACAGUGCUAAGUCAAGAGCCAUAUCAGCCACAGUACCCUGAUAGUCAUUUCCAGUGCUACAUUGUUAGGUGGGACAACACUGAAAUUGAAAAACUUAGCCCAUGGGACAUGGAACCAAUUCCUGAUAAUGUUGAUCCACCUGAAGAAUUAGGAGCUAGUAUUUCUGUCACUUCAGAUGAGCUAGAGAAAUUGCUCUACAAACCACAAGAUGGUGAAUGGGGUCAGAAAUCAAGAGAUGAAGAGUGUGAACGAAUUAUUAGUGGCAUCGAUCAACUUUUGAAUCUUGACAUAGCGGCAGCUUUUGCGGGGCCGGUCGAUCUGUGUACGUACCCCAAGUACUGUACCGUGGUAGCUUAUCCAACCGACCUUUACACCAUUCGGAUGAGACUCGUCAAUCGAUUUUACAGGAGGCUAUCUGCAUUAGUUUGGGAAGUCAGAUACAUAGAACACAAUGCCAGGACAUUUAAUGAACCUGAGAGUGUAAUUGCAAGAUCAGCUAAGAAGAUAACUGACCAGCUUUUAAAAUUUAUAAAGAAUCAAGACUGUACAAAUAUCUCAGAACUUUCUAACACUUCUGAAAAUGAUGAGCAAAAUGCUGAGGAUUUGGAUGAUAGUGAUCUUCCUAAAACAUCUUCUGGAAGGAGAGUCCAUGAUUGGAAAAAAAGGAGCAUCAAAGCGACCAACUAUGUUGAAAGUAACUGGAAGAAACAGUGUAAGGAACUAGUGAACUUAAUUUUUCAGUGUGAAGAUUCUGAACCAUUUAGACAACCUGUUGAUUUGGUUGAAUAUCCAGACUACCGAGAUAUUAUAGAUACUCCAAUGGAUUUUGGAACAGUAAGGGAAACUUUAGAAGCAGGAAAUUAUGACAGCCCUUUGGAAUUUUGCAAAGACAUCCGGUUGAUAUUUAGCAAUGCAAAAGCAUAUACACCAAACAAAAGAUCAAAGAUUUACAGUAUGACCUUGAGAUUGUCUGCCUUAUUUGAAGAAAAAAUGAAGAAAAUCUCCUCUGAUUUUAAAAUUGGUCAAAAGUUCAGUGAAAAACUUCGAAGAAGCCAGAGGUUCAAGAGACGGCAAAAUUGUAACCGUGUCAAUCAGGCUUACAAAAGUAUCAGAAAUAUCAAGCAGAAGCGGUUAAAAUCUCAGACAAAAGUAAUUCCUGAAUUGGUAGGUUCUCCUACCCAGUCUACCUCCAGUAGGGCCGCUUACUCUGCGAGCCACAGGACAAGUGCUAGUGUCUCUUCAGGGGUGACGUCUGGUGACUCCUCGGAUUCAACAGGAUCGUCAGAAAGAAGGAGAAGUAGGCCUGUCACUCUGCAUGAUGGCUCCACGUUAUCUGAAAGUGAAAUGGAAGAUUCCUUAGGUACCUCUUCAUCUUCAGCUUCUAAUAGUUCAGAGGAAAGCAAAGAGAGUUCAAGACCGCGUGAAGCUUCCUUACGUAGUGGGCUGGCCAGAAGCAGUAGUCUCAGGGUGACAAGAACCAGAGCUGCUCAGAGGAAAAGUGGUCCAGUUUCUUUAGAGAAUGGAUGUGGCAGGAAAGCCACUCGAAAGAGAGUCUAUUUAAGUGACUCUGAUAACAAUUCAGUGGAGACCCGUGAACAUCUAAAAGCUAGGGCCGGAAAUAACCGAAAAGUGCUACGGAAGUGUGCUGCCGUGGCUGCCAAUAAGAUAAAGCUCAUGAGUGACGUAGAGGAGAACUCUAGCUCUGAAAGUGUCUGUUCUGGCCGUAAGCUGCCUCACCGUAAUGCUUCUGCUGUGGCUAGAAAAAAAUUAUUACAUAAUUCCGAAGAUGAUCAGAGCUUAAAGUCUGAAAUUGAAGAAGAGGAACCAAAAGACCGAAAUCAGCCAUUACCACUGUCCAGUUCUCAUGCUGCCCAGAAUACUGUGAAUGAGUCUGAAAAUGGGGAUUCAGAGUCAGAAAGUGAUUUGCGAGUAGCCCGCAAAAAUUGGCAUGCCAAUGGGUAUAAGUCGCAUGCUCCAGCAACUUCUAAAACUAAAUUUCUGAAAAUAGAGUCUUCUGAUGAAGACUCUCAAAGUCAUGAUUCCGAUAAUGUACAUAAUAGAACUGCUGGUCCGUCCACAUCUGGGCAGAAACUUAAGGCAGAGAGCAUCUCAGAGGAAGAGGAGGAAGCAGAUUCUGAACCAAGAAAGUAUGCUGGUAGGAAAUACAACACAGGUCGCAAGAAUCUUACUUUCCUUAAAAAAGCAAAGAUCUUCAGUGAUUCAGAGGACUCGGAAUCUGAAGAGGAAGAUCGAGAAGGUGGCAGCUACCACAGAAUGGAAACGAACCUGGUUAGAGGGGGUUCGAAGUGUGAACCCACUGCUGGGUCCCAGUGUUUCUCAGAUCAUGUAUCUGAGACUGAUUUGGAUUCAGAUGAUGACAAUACAAAAGGCAAACCAAACAAUUUUAUGAAAGAUCGCGCAUCUCAGGACCACGGGCAAAGCAGGAAGGUCUCCAGGAAAAGGGUCUGUUCCAGCGACUCAGACAGCAAUUCGAAGGUGGCUAAGAAGGCCUCAGAAGCCAAAACGGGUCUCCUCAGGACUCCGCGGAGACGGGCGACCGCCGCUGCCGGUAAGACCAAGCUCGGGAGUGACGCGGAGGACGUCCGCGUAGACGGCGCGUGCCCCGGAAGCAGAAGCGGCCGGAGGAAGCCCCUCCCUCCCGCUCGUGCCCCCGCUGGGAAGACGGCGGGCGAGUCUGCGGGAGACGGCGGCCGGCAAGUGCCAAACGAGCCGCGCGCCGGCGACUCGGAGGGCCGCGCCGGAGGCGUCCGUCCGUCUUCGCGCGGAGACUCGGGCUCCGAAGGGCUGCCGAGCCCCGAGCCCAGGAGCACGGCCGCCGGGAGGCCCGGAGCACACGGUGCGCCUUCGCACGCCCGGAGUUGCUCGGUCGGCGCUUCGGAGGAGCCGUCGCGAAGCCAUAUUCCCGGGGGUGAGGCGGGUGCGCCGGGCCCCGCGGAGGCCGCUCUGGCGCCGAAGGCGAGCGCCGAGAACGCCUUUGAGGACGACCUGAACUACGGGCUGCGCAGGUGGAACGGCCGGCGGCUCCGGACCUACGGGAAGGCGCCGUUCAGCGCGACCAAGGCGCUGCGGGCGUCGCAGGCAGCGGCCGAGGCCGACGCCAAGAGGAAGAGGCUGCGGCCCGGGCCCGAGAGCGGGCCGGCGGCCGGGCCCGGAGGCGCGUCCGAGCUGGGGGCCGACGGCGGCCCCGGAUCCGACUCCGAGGUGGCGUCUGGGACUGAAUCCGACGUGGACUGUGCCGAUGACGCGAAAGCCAAAAAGAGGAAAACCAGAGGAAAAGCAAAAGCGGCGAGAAAAGGUAAAGCUUGUGCAGCCGCCGCAUCUAGAGGCGCGAGGCGGCCGAGACAGAGCAAACGGCCUAGGCUGAGUGUGGACGAUAACGACUGGGAGGACUUGGACUAUGCAAAAUCGAAAAGAGGUCUUCGACGUUCGAAAAUCAAAACGAGAAAUCAGGGCAGAAGGACCGUGAGAUACCAUGAUGGGGAUGAUGACAGAAGCUUAGAAAAUGUGUUGGAUUUUGAUGAUUGCACCUUAUGACCUUGCCAGAAAGCCAGUUCAUUGAAAGAGGAAAUGGACUGGAAUUUAUGGUGAAAGUUGGUUGUUGAAAUUAUUUUUUGUCCUACAAUUCAGGGAAUAUAUUUAUAUUUUUCUAUGAAAAGUUAUGAAUGUGACUAAAUCAUGACUGUUAUCUUUAUUUGCACUUGCUUGCCUUUGUAGCAGCGCUCAGCACAGGUGCCAAAAUACGCUUCAUUUUGGGGGCAGAUCUACUUUGACAGUAUUUAACUACAGAUAGCAAGAAUUUGAAAUCUGUUCAACACUAGACAUCCUGGUUAUCGAAACCGAUAAGCAUUACUUUCAUGGUAGCAAGUGUCACGCAGUUACUUUCUGAACCCGUCAAGAGGUGGUAGUUUCUAACCCCUGUCCUGUUGUAGUCGAACAGUUUCACGUGGCCUAUGUUUACAGAUUGUUCAUACAUAUUAUGUGCAUACUGACAUUAUAAUCAUGGGAGGUGUAACCAUGAUUAGUAGGCGAGGUACCUACCACUCCCCCCCCCCACCCCUUCCCUGGCUACUUGAGCAGAAUGCAUUAUACCAGAUUUGGUCAUUUUCAUUGAAAUGGUUUCUUUCCAAAUGCUGUUGGGUCUUUUUUCUCUUCUUCUUUAUUUUUAAGGAAAACGUCAUCACUUUUAUUUUAUAAACUUGAAUUUAUAAAGUGCUGGUAAAUUAUUUUUUAAAAUGUUUUGAUUGUAUAUUUUAAACCUCUAAGGCCCAGACCAUAGUCCUGGCAUUUUCUUUUCAAUUGUGCACUAACAGAAUGCUAUAUAAUUUGUCUUUUCAAGAUCUCCUGGUUUCUUUGUAAGGGAUUUAACCAAAAUCUUGGUCUUCCAUAGUCUUACUCUGUGAAAUAGAGGAGUUUGUGUGCCUUAGAUUUAGGAAAAGUGUGUUCUUUAAUAGAGUGUACAGGGCCAAGAGAGUAUUUAAAUUAUAUGUAGUUUCCCCUCCUUUCCACUGAGAUUGUAGAGUUGUUUUGUUAAGAGUGCAAUCACAAAUCUCAUUUAUAUAGGAAAACAGUUAAACGUCAUUCUCUGUCUCUUUGUUUUAGCUUACUGCUGCCAUGUGCAAUCCCAGGUGUUCUUUGCGGGGGCAACUAAAUGUAUCUUUACUAGUGACCUCUAGUUUAAAUCUAAGAAACUGUCAUGUGUUGUGGGAAAAUAAUUUUGAAAUCCAUUUAUAGUGAAACUUCUAUCACAUCAUCAAAUACAUAAAUAAGUACACUUAUUUUCGAGCCAAAUAUUUUUGCUUGAUAGGUUGUGCUACUCCAUACAGUGUAGGUGGCCAUUCCUAGCUUGUUUGUGCCUGAAGAUGGACUUGAUUCAAAUGGUUUACAUAUUUUGUAGCGAAGGAGUAUGUUACAGUACUCCCACCUUUGUUAUUUAUUGGCCCUGUGUUUGGUUCCAGACAAAAUUAACCUUUUUCUCCUGUGUAUCCUAAAGGUGGCAGGUAUGGAAAAGCAUCAGACUCUGGUAUCAGUGUUAGAGAAUGUUCUUAAGUGUUGUUACUUUUCAGUUAUCUGUUCAUUCGACAUGGUAGAAGGUACUUUGAUGUAAGGGGAAGGAUAUUUUUGGACAUUACCAGUUGCGGUAGGUGAGAUAGACCUACCCAUCCUUUGUUGUUGAGAGAGCUGUGAUUACUUCAAAACUAUGAAGCUCUUCUUAUUAGAGUUCAUGUUGAGUAUAUGGUAGAGAGAGUGAUUCAGGAGAAUUGGCCUUGACUCUUGACCUGAAAACAUUAAUGGAAUGUUCUUUACUUCCCUAGUUUUAAGCAAUGGUGAUAGAUGUCCUAUCCAUUAAUUUAUUUAAACUCUUCUAAAGCUUCUCAGUUUUAUAUCUAUUCUCAGGGUUAUAACUCCAUGUUUACCAUCAUCUGCAAAAAGGUACCAAAAAAAUCCAUAAAUACAAAUAUAGAAUAUGUUCAUAAAUACAUAAAUUCUUUUGGUAGAAUGAGACUUUGAUCAUUAGCCUUCAUCAGUAGAACUAUUCUUAUCUUUUGGACUGAAUUAACUGGUCAUAGAUUGGCUGGUCAACCAAUUACUAAUUUUUCUUUUUGUCUUAAACUGUUAGACCUUUGUGUAUAGAAAGCAGUAUUUUGGUUUCACCUGGAAAAAAAAACAAACCCAAGAAUUUGGCCUCAUGACUUUGAAGAUGUGGUUGACAGUGGUAGCUUCUCAAGUUCUGAAGUAAAACUAAGGGAUUAUAGUGAGAAUCACUUUUAUGGGUUUUUUUGGUCAUGGUGCUAUUCCUAAGGUUAACUUUGAAUAUGUGACACACACUCCUAAGUACUUUAAGGAAAAUUAAUAAAUAAUUAAUAGUUCAAAAUGUUUACAUUGAGCACUAGAACAUGUUUGACUUUUUUUCUACUUUUCUUUAUGCGAAAUGCGCAGGGAUUUAAUGCACGGAUGUACUUUAAUGUGUUUGGGAUCAGUUUGUAUAUACUUGUGAAAAAAGACAAAAGCUUGCAGACUGAAUGUGAACUGAUCCGGAAGUAAGUGCUAUAGUUUUUCAUUGCACUUGAAGUCACUUAAUGGUGUAUAUGAGCAACAACAAAAACUGCUGUGGUUGUGUUUGUUCAGGGUCCUAUGAUUUUAUUCAUAUAUGGUUGAAAAAAAGGGCUGAGGUAUUUAGAUUUGAGUUUUGAUUCAUUUGAAAGACUAUUAAGGAAAAAGAUGUCAAACAUUUAAGAAAUAGGUGAGGUUUAAAAACUUUUUUUUUUUUUUUAAAUCAGACUUACUUUAAAAGGUAUAUCAACAAUGUGUAGUAAGUUCUGAAUAAAAGGGAAAGUGUAUCCCAUUUUCAGAUAAUUCUUAGGGUGGUCAUUCUCCCUUUUUUAUUUUAGGGGAAAAAUCUCUGAUUACAUUCGUUCUCAAUUUAGUAAUUAUUUGGAAAGAAUGAUAAAGCAUUUACUCACAGCUUCUAAGUUACAACACAAAAGUUUCUUUUAAAUAGUACAUGAAAAUGGGGAGAAAGAACUUAUGUUUGGGGAAAAGGCACUUCAAAACCUAGAAUUGCAAAUGAGAAGUUACGAAGCUAAUAAAAAUGCCAUCUUGAAGGUAUUAUCGUCCAAAAAUAAGAAUAAGACUUGUCACUAAAUCUUCACACUCCGUUGGUUGCUGACCUCUUAGAUAAGAGUUCUUAGGACUGCCUUGGGUUCAUACUACAUUCCCUGUCCUUCUAGCCUUUUUUUCUUUAGAAUAAUCAGAACACAAUUUGUUAAUUUAAUUGUAUCAUUUUAAAAACUACAUUGAAAGGACUUCAAUCUCUCAUCAGUGCACAUUGAAUUUGAUUGUGCCACCUGAGAAAAAUGAGGUUUGUGUAUCACUAGAAUGCAAGAAUGUUGUUCACAGUGCUUACAGUAUUUUUGGUUUUUCCUUUCUACUCAAUUGCGUUGGUUUUUUUUUUUUUUUUUUUUUUUUUGAGUAACUUCUAAAUGGCUAGAACAGGUCUGUUUGCCUUGCCCUUUAUAGCUGAAAUACCAGCUCCAUCCUUUUCAUCCAUGUUAAGUCAACAUAUUUCCUUGAUUCGGCAUCUUGGAGUAGUCCACAAACACUUCAGUGUCUUACGUUGUAUGGAAAUUGUAGUUGAGUUAUUUUCUGGUGUGAUGUAGUCCCCCUCCCUGCGGGAGAACUCUCCGUUAUUAUGUAAGUCCAUCUCUCAACUCCUGCUGUGGAUAACAGGAUGGAAUAAAGGAGAAACCUUAAGAAAUUUGCAACCUCACUGUUUAAAGACUGUCUCUAAUUCUAGUAUUUGGGAGCAAAGACCAACAAGUAAAAUUGUCAAUGCUAGGGAGAAAAUGGAACAUUGUGGAAAAAUCUAGUCCAACUAGAUUAGUAAGUGCUAAUACCACUUGGUAGCUCAAAAGUUGUGAAUGAAUGGAGAUUAAAGUGUAAAGACCUUAAUGGUGA